GCCGGAUAAUCGAGUGAUUUUUUUGCGUUUAAGUGCAUCAAGGCAUAAAUUAAUCGCAAACGUUAUUCUCGGUUUGGAAUAGAAUUAAUUUUCUACCUACCAUGGAAGAUUCAAACGGUGAAGUGAUUCAAUGGAAGAAAGUGUGGCAGCUAAUCUCUGGUAUCCACUACGAGACUCCGAAUGCUGUUGUUCAAGAUAAACUAAUGGAUGUUUCAAAAGAGCUUACGGAUGGCAUUCUGCUGUACCGGAAGAGCCACGCUGAUAAGGCAUCAGAAGCAAAACUGCAGACUAUGAUGAAGGAGCGUCAUCAGCAAAAGCUAUUUACGUUCGCUACAAAGCUGUAUCAGUAUCUGGAUAUUGAUGCUUUGCAAGCCUGGAACAUCCUUUGCUUUUAUCUGGUCAAUGAAUAUCGGGGACCAGCAACCGCUCUAGCAGAAUAUAUUUCAACCGAAAGUUCAAUGUUGACCUUACUGAAUGAUAUCUGGGCAUAUUACAGGCUGGAACGAAUGAUUAUGCUAAAAAUUACUAAAAAUUUGCUUGAGUUCUGCAACUCAACUAGUCAUCCGUACUGUAGAGAAUACAAAGCUGUUAUCGAUAAGAUUGGUUUAACAAAUUUGAGGAAGUCCUACAUCAAGCAGUUAGAAUAUCUUGUAAACGAGACAAUGCCGCAUAAACUAAUCCCUGGCGAUAUACUGAAUUGUCAAAGCAAGAUGGUUUCCUGGUCUGAGCGCAAAAUGCGGGAGAUAAAUGAAAUUCUGCAUAUACUUCUGCUCAUUAUCAAUCACGGAGGCAUUGAUGCAGAUGAUUUCAGUCAACUGUUCAAGCUGUUCAAACAUCAUUCCUUUGGACGUCAACAGCAGUAUCUGGAUAACACGAAUGAAAUACAUAGUGAUAUGGUGAAGCGAAUUACUUUCAGUGAAUUGGCUAUCGUAUAUCGUGUGUUAGAUGUUAGUGAACGAAAAGAAGAUGAAACAUGGAUAGCAGGAAUAUCGAAAGCACUCGAUGGUGAAAUUGUAGCAUUGCAUCAAUUUCCCGAGCAUGGGCCCCUUCUGCUAGUGUGGAUGCUUUUCAAUUUUCGUUUGACAAGCUGCCUAGAAGAUGACGACAUGUCUAAUCGAUACCGACAGUUUGGUUCCAGGGCUAUACAGCUCGGCGUGUUUCAGUACUUGCACGCACUCGUAACACAUCCAACUUUUGCGGAUCAUAGCUUGGUAUGCCGCAUAACUCGGCGAGCAAUAUUCAACCAUCUUGGCUAUCUAUGUCAGUUAUUCGAUUCGGAUGGAUCUGUUUCACAUCACAACAAAAUCUUCGAUCUACUAGCCGAAUUGUUGCAUAGUCCAUCAAUUGCGUCAGAAUUUUGCAAAAAUGAGGACAAUCCUAUUCGUUCUCUAUUUGAUACAGCGUUGGAAAAUUUUCCUGUAGAUUUUGUCCCAUUAGCAACUAUUGCUCAUGCGCUGGCCUCGUCCGGUAUUACUCAGAACAAAUACGUACACGAUUUGGUGGAGAAUUUACCGGUCUACAGUGAGGUGUACAAUCCUGACCACUACGAUUUGCGUCCAUCGCCGAACAGCGAGGAUGAAUUUGUUCUACUGCGUGACUAUGUACCAUUUCGUAAGAUUGGUUGUAAAAUCCCACACGGAACCAGAACGGUUGUGAUUGACAAACGAACGCAAACGCUGGCUCAUUUCCGAACACGGUUCAAUUUCUUCAGCGCGCUGCACCACGAGAUCAACGAAUUGCUGUCGGACGUGUUGGCAUACACGCAGUUGAACGACGAGCGAAUCAACCGGAUCACUGCCGGGAUCCGCUACUUGGCCGUAGCUGUGAAACGUCUGCAGCAACCUCACGAAAUCAGCUCGGAGAUGGUGCAUCCUACCGAGAUGGUUUUUGAUAUUUUGCUCAAAUUCAAGGUCAUGCAAAAUCCUCCUAUUGAACUGCUGGCCGAGUGUCUUAAUGUUUGUGCCGCGCUGGUACCACUCUUUGAGCCGGAAAUCUAUUCCCGUGUGAUUAAUCUUAAUGUUCUCCCUAGUGUGAACAAUGUCAACCUGGACUAUAAUGAUUACGCAACCGGAACGAGCUUCGAAUCUAGCUUGAUUGGAUAUUAUCUGGUGAAUUAUGAGAAAAAUCUGGGCAAAUAUCGGAUUUUGAAGGCCUAUUUGAAUUUCCUAAAAACCUACACAAAACUAAACAAAAGCAAUGUUUUUGGUGUGGAGUUGCCUGGAUUAAUAUUUUUACUGCGUGAAGUUUUUCCUCACGCUCAUACCUGGCGAUUUGAGCAAGAAGCAGAGCGGCAAAAGAUCUAUGUUUUCAUUUUGCAGUAUAUCUUUGAAAUACUGCAGCUUAGUCCGGAAACCUUGAAGAAUGACCCCGCCAGAAUGGUGUUGCGCAACGUUUGCGUUUAUAGUCUGCUGGAUUUGGACAAUGGAAUGACUCUACUGAAGUUUGUCGCCAUUGGUAAUGGUUAUUUGCAGUCGGUGAUGGAAAGCGAAACAAGCUGGAUGCUGGCACCGGAACAGAGCAUGAAUUUGAUAGUGCAACUUUCUAUGACAAUAUUGAUGCAAAUUCUACGUCUGAAACAUGCAGUAAUUGGCGAUGAUAAGCUGCUAUCUCCUUUAGAAUCGGCAAUUUAUACGCAACCGAAGCAAAGGGAUACCCUUCGGAUAAUUCCUGUGGUAACCGGAUAUAUGAACAAUAUUUUCAACCGAAGAUUGCCUAUUCUCUCUUGUCGACUGUUGAGACGCUUCUCGAUUGAGUUUAGAAUGUCGCUGCUGGCAUGUCUAGACAUGGAGCCAGAUCAAAUUCGGUUAAUUUUUCUACAACGCUUAAGAGAUGACCUAGAGAGCGAUAAUCUGAAAAUUGCUGUCCUCGAAUUUGUAGAAGCUUGUAUUCACAAACAACCGGGUCUAACAGAAGCUUUCUUUAAAAUUCACUACAACGAUGUUAACCGUCUCUUUCUUGGCACAAAACCAGGAAAAAAGAAAACCAUCAGCGAUGGAAUUCCAACCUACAUGGAGGAGUAUCUGGAAGCGAUUGCAAAUGACACGAAAAAACUAGCCAGUCCAUUACUUUCUCGUAUAAUGUCACUGUUUCAUGCACUGUGGAAAAAUAAUAUGCAAAUUCUUUGCAAAGAUUUGCUAGAAAAGAAAACGUUUUGGCAAUCACUUUGCAAUCCGUUGUUUGGUAACAUAAGCGAACACAUCAGAGCUUACAGUCAGCUGUUUAAUAUUCUUGGCAUUGAGCUGUUUAAACUAGACCCAUCCAGUAAAAAGGUGGAUGAAAAUUUGAAAAAAGUGUACGACAGAUUCUUCGACUACGAUGUCUUUGCGCGUUGGGUCAGGUCUGUUUUUGACUUACCCAAAACGAGCGGUGAAACGAAUGAUGACAGUUCAAUGUUUGCUGCAGCGAUCACCGACGAAACACCUGAGUGGCUCAGCCGGUUGCAAUCUUUCAAGGACCUAAUGGUAAUCGUAAUACGUAAAAAAGACUCGGGGAUUUACCUGCCUGAGCGCAGCAAACGAUACUUGGCGAAUCAGUGCUUGGACGUUCUAGUAGAGCGAGCUGAAUAUGCUGAAGACUUUCGUCCAUUCGUAAUUCUUGUUGAAUUAUAUCUGAUAAUCUUAUCCGACUACGAGCAUAAAUAUACGGACAAUGCUGAACAGGACAAUGCCGUUUUAGAUAAAAUACAGCAUCUGAUGAACGCUCUAGCUGUAAAUUAUAAGGAAAUCCACGUUAGGGCAAAGGAAUCCAUUCUGGCAAUAGGAAUACGAAUCGUUGAGCUCCAUGCUGAUCAACUGAUUGAUAGUGACAUGGAAAUUUCAAGUAUUACUCGCUCUGCCGUAGAUAUAGUCUGUUCGGAGAUUUUCGACCUGGAAAUUGCUACAAAAAUAGAGUUGAAGAAUCCUAAUCAAUCGCAUGUUAAAAGCAGGGGUAAAAUUGCUCUCCUUUUGUCACUGAAUCUGUUGAAGAAGUUGAUCCUUGUGUUUGAGGAAAACGAAAGUCCCGCCUCCCGAUGGCAAUGUUGGCUAAUACGAAACAAGCUAUUUCAGCGACUGUUGAGCGUUAUUAACAUAAUGCUGCCAAUGUUUUCCAAGCGCAAAACCACAACCGAAAUAUUGGAACUAUUGGUGGUGCUGGCUAAGAGUAGGUGUUCUGCGGAACUGUUGCAUUGCGAUAUCGGAGACUAUCUGUGGUUGAAGCUGCUCCCGCCGAAGGAAUUGCUACAGAGACCUUACCUGACCGCAAGUGAGGCAGAUAACAAGUGGAAAACCCAAGACUGGUGGCCAAUUUAUACGAAAGGUAUAGAGCUGGUGCGAGUGCUUCUGUCUCAGCACAAACAUAGCUUUUUCCGUGAUGCUAUAUUCUUCGCCGGGAUUCAUGAGGAGUACCUGAUGGAUUCUCUUCUACUGGCAAAGCAAUCAUUGGAAGAAAACGCGGUCCUAUUGAUCAAAGGUACGCUAGAACUGUUGGGCGAAUUGGUUAAUUACGAAAAAGAUUGGCGGCUUGAGCACGGACAAAGCUUGAUUAACUUAAUGCGCUGUGUACAAAUACUAAUGGAUCACGCUGUUUCAUUAUUGUACCGCCCGAAGAUUUCGAAACGUUUGGCAGGUGGUCCAGCAGUAGAGUUAUUUACCGAUCAAGAUGAUCCGAACGCGGUAGACACUUCGGAUGAGCUAGUAACGGUUAUGAAUAAUUUGAUCGAAAUUGUAAAUCUCUGUGCUAAAUGUUUGUUGAAAUUCAGUCCUUCCUUGCUAACACUUCUUUGUGAGGUCAAUUUUUUCCCUGGACAUUACUAUCCGCUGAUUGAAAUUCAAUUUGGCGUUCCAAAAAUGAACUCGGAAAAUUUCUCCCAGCUCAGUUUCGGUACUGUUUUGAGAGCAGUUUGUAUUUUUACUAAGGUGUUGAAUGUGCAACAUUACUCGUUCCAAGAAACACCAUUGAACGACCUGCCAGAUCCAAAACCCUCUGAUAUGGACAGCGUAGAUACUGGAUCUUCACUGUCCAAUUCCGCUUUAGUGCGCUUGAAUAAAUCCGCUCUUGCCGCAGCAGAUGGUUCGACUCGUCAGACACGGACGCCAUUCUCUAAGUCGCUAUCUAUGACUUCUGUGUCUAGCUUCACAUCAACGAAUGCUAUUGCCCUUUCAAAUGAGCUACUGACGCACCUCGACUCAAAACUAUGCAUUAGCGGAUUAGAGUUCAUUUUGACUCUUCUUGCUUCUCAGAGUUUACUGGCAUUGAAAGACACCAAUUUGUCGCAACGCGAAAAACAACUAAUCAAACGCGAACUUAGUACAGAACUACUAAUUUUCCACGAUUUCGUUAAAAAACGUAUUCUCAAGGAUACAAAGGAAAUCCUUGUUAGAAAAAAAUUUGGUUCAGUUCCAAUUUACAACACCAACCAAGAUGAUGAUGACAACCAAACGUCAGACAGCCACAUCCAGGUAUCCACUGCCAUCCAACCGAUGCAACCGAAAAAACCCGAUCGCAAUUUGCGUGUCAACGUAGUCCGAAAGCAACACUUACAGCAAGCCGCAUCAACGUCCACUCCGGUUUCCCAGGGGGCCGUAUCCCGGUCGGACCUGAAUGUUAAACCACUCUCAUCGACACCGGUUCCGCGAGGAAUUCUGAAACCCUCUCCUCCAACGUCGUCUAUAAAGCGAGUGAUGUUUGAUGACGACCACUUUGCCAGAGGCAAGAAAACUUUCGCCUACUCCAGUUUAGAUGAUGAGCCCAUAUUUUUCGAACCGGAGGAAACAAAAUACACCGGAUUGUCGCACGUUCGAAUCGUCGAGGAAGAUUAUCUGCAUUUUCUGUCUAAUUUACUUUUGAUCAUUUCGCAAAGUGAAAGUUGAAUAAUGUUUUGUUAUAUCCUCCUUGGAGACUCAAAUAUAAGGAAUUAA